AUGAUUGAUCUUUAUGUUACUCGGUCGUCAUCAGAUGAAGAUGAAGGCGUACAACCCCAUGAGAAGGCGAUUGCGGCCGGUCAAGCAAACCCCCUGUAUUGCGUAAGGAAUAUAGAGCAGCACGCCUUUGGAAGGAGAGAGAUCGAGAUAGCGGAGCAAGAGAUGCCGGGCAUCAUGGCGCUUAAAGCAAGAGCGAAGGAGGACAAACCUCUGAAAGAUGCAAAAAUAGUCGGUUGCACACAUAUUAACGCACAGACGGCGGUGCUGAUAGAGACACUGGCAGCUCUCGGCGCUACAGUUCGUUGGGCCGCUUGCAACAUUUAUAGCACACAAAACGAGGUGGCAGCGGCUUUGGCGCAUGCUGGUUAUGCGAUAUUCGCGUGGCGUGGUGAGAGCGAGGAAGCUUUCUGGUGGUGCAUUGAUCAAUGCUGCGCUCCUACUGCUACUUGGCAACCGAACAUGAUAUUAGACGACGGUGGAGAUGCCACUCAUCUCAUGCUAAAGAAGCAUUCUGCUGCGUUCAAACACAUUAAAGGUAUAGUAGAAGAGAGUGUGACAGGCGUUCACAGACUGUACCAGUUGAGCAAAGCGAACAAGUUAUGUGUUCCAGCGAUGAAUGUGAACGACUCCGUCACUAAGACCAAGUUCGACAACUUGUAUUCCUGUAGGGAAAGUAUAAUCGAUGCUCUAAAGAGAAGUACGGAUUUGAUGUUUGGAGGUAAACAGUCUGUGGUGUGCGGUUAUGGGGAAGUUGGGAAAGGGUGUUGCCAGGCGUUGAAAGCUUUGGGAUGCGUGGUGUAUGUAACAGAAAUUGAUCCUAUAUGCGCAUUACAAGCUGCAAUGGAUGGCUUUAGAGUAGUCAAAUUAAAUGAGGUAAUCAGACAGGUAGAUAUAGUAAUAACCGCGACUGGCAACAAAGGUGUCGUGACCAGGGAACAUAUGGAACGUAUGAAGAAUGGGUGCGUAGUUUGCAACAUGGGACAUAGCAACACUGAAAUAGAUGUGCACGCGUUACGUACGCCCGAUCUACUAUGGGAAAGAGUUAGGAGUCAGGUGGACCAUAUAAUCUGGCCGAACGGUAAGCGUAUAGUGUUACUAGCGGAGGGCAGACUUGCUAAUCUCUGCUGCUCGUCGCUGCCUUCGUUCGUGGUGUCAGUGACAGCCGCCACGCAAGCUCUAGCACUCAUUGAGCUUUACAAUGCACCUCAACACCGGUAUAAAGCCGACGUGUAUCUAUUACCAAAGAAAAUGGACGAAUACGUAGCGAGUCUCCAUUUGCCCACAUUCGAUGCGCACCUCACAGAAUUAACGGACGAACAAGCUAAAUACUUAGGUCUUAACAAAGUAGGACCGUUCAAACCAAACUACUAUAGAUACUAGCAUCGGUCAAGUUGAACGUUGAUUUAUGAGGUCCAAAAACAUUAAUUGUUAACGGAAUUCUUACAACAGAUGAUUC